AUGCUUUUUGCAAUAGUACUAACACUAUUCACCGCCACAAUGGCAUGCCAAUACAAAGGGGAGAAGUACAAGGAUGGCGACACCUGGGUGAGCAAAGAUUUUCGAUCUUCCAUCUACGACCUUGUAAACCAUAAUGAGAAGAGUCAGUCAGAGAUACUUUUGAAGAGUCUCUCCCAACUAGUUAUUAUCAUCGUUGCUGAUUCUUAUGGGAUGGAAAUGACCUUUAAGAUAGUCAUGUGGCAAGCACUUUUGAAGAUCUGA